AUGUCAGACCACUGGGUCCUGAAAGUUCGGUUUGGUGAGGGCGGUGUGCACGAAUUGUCGGUGCUUCCUCCAGCAUCGAGACGGAAGCAACCACGCGAAGAUGCGGAUGGCGGUUCUUCCAGUUCCUCAUACGGCAAGAGAAACAGCGUUGGUCUAGCCGUAACCCUAGCUGCAUUUGCUUCUGUUAUUGCUAUCCUUUUUCUUGUGUCCCAUUGUGCCGCGUUGAGUAGGGAGGCGCUACCAAAGCGUUUGGGACGUAGAUUAGCUGGACAGCAAGGGACAAAAGACGGUGAGAGCGCAGACUUCGUCCAGGAAGUGUGCGGGGGUGAAGGAUCCCAAUUGGGAACAGCCACCCGCCGUCGCGGGAGAUCACCCGAACCUGUAGAGGCAGGUCUCUUGGAAUUGUGGGAUGAGCCUGGAGAGGAACCGCCUAGAAAAAAGAAGCAGGAAGCAUUAGAAGUACAACCAGAGACAUCCUUUAGCCCUUCACGGGCUGCCGGGACUUCAGCAGAGUCUGGAGAGGGAGGUGCUGCUGAAAAGCUCCGACAGUCAAUCCUGCGGUAUGUCGAGCAGACGUUGGAGGAGAAGGAUGAUGGUGUAGAACCAGAAGACUGGCUGCUAGAGCCCUAUCUGGAAGUGCAAUUUUUGGACGAGGAAACGUCGUCGCAGUCGCUUUCCUCAAGCGAGUCCGCCGCCGCAGGUUCUCCCGCUGAGCCUGGCACUUCCGAGCGGACAGCUGCGGCGCCACCUUGGCCGGAGGGGGGUACCUCUGGUAGUCCUCCACCAGGCGAAGAGUCGCCGUGCACUCACGUAUUCUCAGGCUGUCGACGGAGGACGGUUUGUGAGUCUAACGCAACGCUGGGGAUUAAAGAACUUCUGAAGAAGCCCAUGUUGGACUCGGUCGAUCUAGACCGUCUCAUGGAGCACCUCGAGGUGCUCGUUGAGAAUGCUAUUCUUCGUGUGCCAGAUAACCUCGAUGGUUUGAAGCCCAAAUACGUCGUGGAGAAACUUGCGUUCGCCGUGUUGUUGACCGAUGCAAUAUACGCGGCCAGCGAGGUACUAGGACCGGCCGCCAGGCGCUCAGAAUGGUGGCAACAGGUCAUUGACACACUUCCAGUUUAUACCGAACGAGUUGCAGCAGAGUGCGUUGCAACGGGGCUGCUCCCUCUCCCCUGGACCCAGGCCCCUGUCUCGUUGGAUCCAGGCCACCCUCUGACUGGAGAGGAGCUUAGCUGUUAUUUGGAAACUUUCUAG